GCCCCGCGCUCUCCUCUCCCCAGCCCCCGGGUCCCGGUCUCCCCUCACCUGGAGGAUCUUCGUGCUGCGCUGUUCACUGGGCCCCACUAUUACCCAGCACAGCCCGGCCCCAGCCGCCCACAAAACCGUCCAGAAACACAUCGCCAGGCCCCGGUUCCUCAUCACUGCGACUGUACGCUCGAGAAUCGACCAGGCUGCGGCCCAGGCAGGGUCAUACGGUUCAGAAGCCAUUGGAACCAAGCUCCAAGCUCAGAGAGAGGAAGGAUUGAAGGGACAAUAGGAUAAGGACAUAUGACUGCUCAUCAGCUCUGCAAUCAACUCUUAAAUCCAGACUCAGUGGUGUGAAAUUGGAAAUCAUCCCAUGUUGGAUUAAAAGAAAAUAUUAUAUCAGAAGAAAAGAUUGAAACCAGGGGACAGUGAAAGAUGAACUCUUAAGGCUGCUGUAUACGGACGUGAAGGGGUUAAUGCAGAAGAGUGCCUGAAGCACCACCCACUAUCUUGACAUCAUGUGGGCUGAGUGGGAGACCAGCUGAGCAUCUAAGACACAACCCCAGCUCCUGGGCCUUCCUCACAGUCUGGGACCCUGUGAGUAAAGAGCCACCAUGACUGAUGUGAUGAUCAACAGCUGUAAGGCUUCUGCUGAAGAAAUGGGUCUCAAACAUGAUGACAACAGGCUGCCCUUCCAGAUCUUCCCUGAUCCCUGUGAUUCCUAUGAAGGUCAGUGCAAACUCAAGGACCGCCUGCCAUCCAUUGUGGUGGAGCCAACUGACGUGAGUGAGGUGGAGAGCGGGGAGCUGCGCUGGCCCCCAGAGGAGUUUCUCAUGGCAGAGCAGGGAGGCGAGGGAGAGGGUCUGGUCCCCCAGGCUGGAGAGAGAGUCCAGGCUGAUACAGAGCCAGUAACAGGGGGGGUGAAGACCCAGGAGAAUGUGGAGCCAGGACAGAGUCUGAGCUCUGACCCCCAACUGCCCAGCAAUGCACUCAUCCAACCUGGUCAGACUUUGGCAAAAUGAACUCAAGUCACGGUGUAUUUUGUCGAGCUUUGGAGAAUUUUUAUACAACACAGGCCUGUUAAUCUGAAAUGGGCACCUACCCCCACCCCCAACUUGUCUGUCUGUCUAAUCGGCAGCACCCCCCCCCCCCCCACCUCCCUCCCCCGGAGCAGGACUCCGAUGAAGCUUUUCCAGUUGAAGACAGCUCCUCCAGUUGCUGAGAGAGCAGUCCUCACAGCCUGCUGUCCUUUACAAAGGGUGAGAUGAAGCUUCAAUUUUGUAUGUUGUUUUUGAGUUUGAUUUUGAUUCUAUGUAAAACUCGAUCUUUGAUUAUCAUCUUCCAGUCUGACAGGAUUAGUUACAACAUGUUAAAACUGUCCAGGAACAGGCCCGUUGGGCCAUGAUGAUUUUUACUGGAAGAAUUUUACUUUUGUUUUUAUUGAAGUUACUUUUUUUUUGCUGUGCACUCUGGGUGUUUCACACACUCUCUGAUCGACACUGAGUUAGAGCGCUGUGGUUAGGCCUCAGCUCGCACCACUGCUACUUUCAGACACAUUCUUUGCUCAGCCUAGAAAACAUGCCCAGCCAUUGGGGAACUGCUGGCACCACACCCUUCGUAAAACCACAUACCCGUCCUCCCCAAAUUUCCCACAGAAUCCUUCUUGUGGCUACCAACUCUCAGAAAUAUGGCAUCAGCAUGACAGGUUUCGGCUGUAAAUCCCAUCUUUGUGGCUGCUGUCUUUCACUCCUUAUUGAAAAGUCAGUCGGUUUCCAGUAAGAAGGAAGCUCAGCAUUCGGGAAACCUCCAUAUGCCGUUGCCUUGCCCUCUGCUCCCAGUCUCUGCCCUUCUGCUCUCACAAGCAGGUGUUAUCAGACCUGCUGAGCAUCACCAGCGUUUUCUAUUUUUAUUCUGGUUUCCAAUAUCCAUAGAAUUUUACCUCAAUGCCACAUCUCCCAAACUUCAGAAUUUUUCACCAAUUUGCAUUCCAUUUGUUUCUGUUCAGUGUUGGGGGGGGGUGUGGAUUCUGGAAAGGGGUCAUUAUGUUGACGUGAGAAUGAAAAUAUUUUGCUGUGUCUGCAGCUCCAGCUGCACCCAGAGUUUGUAUAUAGUUUUACUGGUGAUUUCAUUAUCCUCCCCUUUGCUUUCUCCUUUCCCACCAUCACAACCCCUCGUCAACAUUGUCAUGCCACAGUUUUGCUGUAAAGUUAAUGAUUUAAUAAAGUUCUUUGUUGGUUUUUACUCGAAA